GUUCUCCCACGCCCUGGGAAAGAUUCCUAUCCAUUCGCUCUGGGCUUGGCAGCUCUUCCUGGCAGUAGGCGGCCAUCUUGCUGGAGCCUGAGAGAGGGAGCCGAGAGACAGAAGGAAAGGGCGACACUGGUCUCAGGGCCGCCCCGGGGGCCUCAAGAGCCGGAGGCAGCUCCGGAGGUGGUCUCUGAUCCCCGGCUCUGCUCUUGAACCUGAGAAGGCUCCCGCGGGCGGACACGCCAGAAGAGGAGGCCGGGGAAUGGCCGCGGUGUGGCAGCAGGUCUUAGCAGUAGACGCGAGGUACAACGCGUACCGCACACCAACGUUUCCACAGUUUCGGACACAGUACAUCCGACGGCGCAGCCAGCUGCUGCGGGAGAAUGCCAAGGCUGGGCACCCCCCAGCGCUGCGUCGGCAGUACCUGAGGCUGCGUGGGCAGCUGCUGGGCCAGCGAUACGGGCCCCUCUCCGAGCCAGGCAGUGCCCGUGCCUAUAGCAACAGCAUCGUUCGCAGCAGCCGAACUACCCUAGACCGCAUGGAGGAUUUUGAGGAUGAUCCUCGGGCCCUAGGGGCCCGUGGGCACCGCCGUUCCGUCAGCCGAGGCUCCUACCAGCUGCAGGCACAGAUGAACCGUGCCGUCUAUGAGGACAGGCCCCCUGGCAGUGUGGUACCCACAUCAGCAGCAGAAGCAAGUCGUGCCAUGGCUGGGGACACAUCACUGAGUGAGAACUACGCCUUUGCGGGCAUGUACCAUGUUUUCGACCAGCACGUGGAUGAGGCAGUCCCAAGGGUGCGCUUUGCCAAUGACGACCGGCACCGCUUGGCCUGCUGCUCCCUGGAUGGCAGCAUCUCCCUGUGCCAGCUGGUGCCCGCCCCGCCCACAGUGCUCCGUGUGCUGCGGGGCCACACCCGCGGUGUCUCCGACUUCGCCUGGUCCCUCUCCAACGACAUCCUCGUGUCCACCUCACUCGACGCUACCAUGCGCAUCUGGGCCUCUGAGGACGGCCGCUGCAUCCGGGAGAUUCCUGAUCCCGACGGCGCCGAACUGCUCUGCUGCACCUUCCAGCCGGUCAACAACAACCUUACAGUGGUGGGGAAUGCCAAGCACAACGUGCACGUCAUGAACAUCUCCACGGGCAAGAAAGUGAAGGGGGGCUCCAGCAAGCUGACAGGCCGGGUCCUCGCUCUGUCCUUCGAUGCCCCUGGCCGGCUGCUCUGGGCAGGCGAUGACCGUGGCAGUGUUUUCUCCUUCCUCUUCGACAUGGCCACAGGGAAGCUGACCAAAGCCAAGCGACUGGUGGUGCAUGAGGGGAGCCCCGUGACCAGCAUCUCCGCGCGCUCCUGGGUCAGCCGCGAGGCCCGGGACCCCUCGCUGCUCAUCAACGCUUGCCUCAACAAGCUGCUGCUCUACAGGGUGGUGGACAACGAGGGGACGCUGCAGCUGAAAAGAAGCUUCCCCAUUGAGCAGAGCUCGCACCCUGUGCGCAGCAUCUUCUGCCCCCUCAUGUCCUUCCGCCAGGGGGCCUGCGUGGUGACCGGCAGUGAGGACAUGUGUGUGCACUUCUUCGAUGUGGAGCGGGCCGCCAAGGCUGCCGUCAACAAGCUUCAGGGCCACAGCGCCCCCGUGCUGGACGUGAGCUUCAACUGUGAUGAGAGUCUGCUGGCUUCCAGCGACGCCAGCGGCAUGGUCAUCGUCUGGAGGCGGGAGCAGAAGUAGGUCCUGCCGGGUCACCUGCCCACCCAUCUCCCACUCCAGCCUUGUGUUUGUAAAUAAAGUUCCUGUGGUUGUGCCUGUG